CUUUAAAAAAGUAACUGCCGCACAGUGGAAAGUGAAACUACUGUAGAUUGAAGGUCAUGGGCAGGAGCAGGAUUUAGACCAUUUCUCUCAAAUAAGUUUCACUUUUUUUUUUUGCAUACAUUUAUUUUCAGUAAUAAAGCAUUUAAUCUUUGUGACCGCUGUUAAUUUCUUUGGAGGAAGCACUGAAACUGUGCAACUAUUUGUUCGUGUGCUUAAGUGAACUUGUCAGAAAAAAUGGAUACCAUGUUAGCUGCUGACCACUGCAUUAUGGAGUAUCAGCUUCUGGAGAUUUAUCAUAAAAAAAGAAGGUCAAGAUCGAGUGCAGAGCCCACACUGCAGGGCUGGCCAGCCAAAGACCUGCAGUUUUUUGGAUGUAUGUCAACGUCUACAAGGACACGUGUUCCUGCUUCUGCAAAGACUGAUGUACUUGUACAAGUGGCUGAUAAACUGACUGACAUUGUAGACAGUGUACCUCCUGCUCAGGAUCAAGCUGUAACAGACAGUGAUGUCAUACAGAGGCUUGUAGAGAUAUUGAUAGAAUACGGGGACCAAGUCAAUGAAAAGAUUGUGAAAGAUACAGAACUUUUUAGCUAUCUCCAAAACCUCAUCUCCUACAACCUGUUUGAAAAACUGGCCUCAGCCUUCAUUCUCAGCAUGGUGCCCCCAGGCAAUCUGAGAGAGGAGGAUCAUGAUCAGAAAAAAAAAAUUGCUUGGACCUUUGAGAUGACCAGCCGGCUGAGUGCCUUGGAUCUGCAGCCUAUGAACAGAACAAUGGGAUUCGGGGCUAAGUAUGUGCACCAGCAUUUUGCACCAUGGAUUCAGCAGCAUGGUGGCUGGGAAAAUGCUUUCAAAAUUGAUGAAGGUGAUGAGGUGCAGUAAAAAUGGACUGGCUGCUUUUCCCAACAGCAAAGCAUCCUGUUGUCUACAACUACCUCCUGAAUAAAUUUCAAUUUCACAGAAAU